CUCUUUGAUACGAAGAAAAAAAAAUAUUGAAUAUUCUUUUGUGUGCAAAAGCUUUGCUUUCCAUUCAAUCAGUAAGUUAAAGUAAAGCUUUAAUGACGUUGACAUAGUCCAUUGACAUAAUGACGUUGAAAAAGACUCCAUCGCCUCAAGUCUCGUCGGCACAAGACACGCUACACAAUAAGAUAGCAUGGUGAUUAGGAGAAUCAAACGAUUUCUCGGCUUAAAACCCGGAAACCAAAGACGGAAACAGGUGAUAAGAGUUCUUACCAUGACGGAGGAGGGUGAGAUAAAUGUUCUCUCCAUAAAGGAGGAGGGUGAGAUAAAUGUUCUCUCCACAAAGGAGGAAGGCGGAGCCAAGAUGGAAGCCAAAUACAAGACUAAAAAACUUUGGGAUGAGAUUGUUGGAGUGAGAUUGUAUGACUUGCUUCCGAGUGUAAACGGUGAAGAUGAUAUCCAACCAAAUCCAAUUAGAUGGGAGAAGCAUCGUGACGUAAUCAACAAUACUCGGCUGGCCAAAAGAAAUAGAGAGACAGACCUAGGCCAAGGAGAGGUCGACAGUUUCAAGCUCCACAACAGUAUCAAGUUUUCCUGUGGCUCAAAGAUGAGGCGUCGGAGGUACAAUGUAAGCACAUGUGGAGGUGCAAGCCUUGCAAUCGACGAUGUCCGAGAUGCGGUGAGGCAAGUCUCAGUUUUUCAAGGUGUAGUGCCGCUGGGUUAUGAGCAGAGAUUAGGUCAAAAGCCAAGACAAGAGAUCCGAGAGGAGUUGAAGAUGCAACAAAAAGGAAAGGAAGAGAACAAGUCUCGACGCCGGCAAGCAAUGGCUCCGCCAGUGUUAGAAAGCAUUGUUGAAAGAGGUUUUUCGAUACUUGAGCCUGAGAGCGUUUUCUACCAAAAAAAAGUUCUUGCUAUCAAAGGUAAUGGAGCUUAUACUUUUGUUGCUGACUCUACUCUUGGUUCUGUGCAGGUCUUAAAAAUAGUCGGAGAGAAGUUAAUGAAGACUAGUUGGAACUUCACUGUGAAUCCCAGUGAUGUUUCAAAGAGUGGAGUAUGGAGAAAUCUUACAACUCCAGAAGGAUCUGAAGAUAUCGUAUAUGCAGCUGCAACAGAACUAUAUGCCAUGUAA